UAUUUAUGCACUCUUAUGGCAAAAAUAUGUGAUUUCAGCGUUUCAAGUAGUUUUUAUCAUUGUCUAAUAGCGAUGUAAAACGUAGUUAGCUAACAUGCCUAGUUUACUAACGUUAGCUAGCUAGCUGGCUAACGCUAAAUAACUAACGUUAGCCAGCUAGCCAUCAUUCACAUUAUUUUAAAAACGCUGACUGCAGUGAACGAUGCACGACUUUGGCAAGGAGCCAGGGUAACCCAGGGUUCUUUAAUGACUAGUCUGAUAUUCAUUGUGUUUCUUCUCUAUUGUCUCUGCUUGGGAUUACCUUUAUAGCUAGCCUACUACCAAAGAUGUUUAUAACCAACCCAAGAUAGACCAGACCCUGUCGUUUCCCAUGGGAGCAGAUGAAUCAUAGUAGUGGGCAGAACAAACAAGGAGGUGGGCAGAGCCAAGCGUGAGCUAGUGAGAUCCUGUUGGCGCAUUCCAUCAUUGAUUUGCAUGUAUCCGUUAGGGAACGCCUCACUUGUGUGCAUUUCACUUAAUUCGACCUUGCACUCCUAAACAACGCAAUAAAAAAUAUAACUAAUCUUUGGCAAAGUGCCAAGUCUAUAAAACGUAGUGCACUGUGUUGGUAAUAUAUUUGUAGUUUUGGGAACCGAAUUUAUUUUGAGAAGAUGUUUCAUCGAUGAGAAAAUUUGCAGAAUGUCGGGCAGUUUCACCUAGUUCUAUCCUCUCCCAAUACCCUCGACUGGACUUCCUCCCACUACCACAUUCGGUGGUUAGAAAACCUUCUGAACGAUGCUUCAUCUUUAUAGCCCCAUGUGACGUGCCCCGGUUACCCCCUCUGUGCUUGCACUCCUAAACAACGCCAUUUUUUGAAACUUUGGAAAGGGGUAAAGUCUAAAAAUCGCAGUCCACCCUGCUUGUUACACAUUCUAGUUUUGGUAAUGUAAAACUGUGGCCACUGGGCUUCCUCUCGCCACCGUAUUUGUUAGAGUGGAAACGCCAACUGAAUGCUUCACAUUUAAUACAACCGGUGAAAUAUCUGUCUCUUUGUUCUAUCAGUGUUACUACUGUUCUCCUGAGACAAACUCCACUCCGUUGAUCUACGUGCGUGCGUACACGUGUGAUUUUUGGAGUAGCAGCAGGGUUGCCAAGGCGAGCAAUAAUUUAUGACGCACUGACAACUCAACCCGCCCACAAAGCUUGAAAACUAGCACCCAUUUUUACGCCGCAUGUGGAGUUGGCACAUGUUUCCAAUUGGUGUCUCUAUAAUGACAAUCUAUGUAAAUACAACUGGUAAAAUUGCUCUAACUUUAAAUUGUUCUUCAUAUCUGCCUUUUAUUAGUUUACACCAAAUGAUUUAAUAUGAACUAUAGAAGUGAAAAACCAAAAAGCCCCAACAUUUUGCUAUUUGUCUUUUAUUGAAUAAUGUUUUACAAAUUAAUGUGUGACUGCAGGCAGCUUGACGUACCAGUUAUCCAUCCCUCUGGAGCAAGAUGGAAAGGAAAGAGCAAAAGGAGAUCCAUCACGAGUCAAAAAACAUAAUGCUGUAUCUUCAAGAAUGGUGGGGUCAUGAAAAACCCAGCUCCUUGGUUGUGGAGUAGAGGAGAAGUAGUGCAUCGUGAGUGAUUCACAGACAAGACAGGGAGGCGAUGGAGGAAGAUGAGCGGGCUGUAGAAUUCAAGGGUCUGUUUGAGGACCCUACCUUCAUCUGUGAGGACUCCCUGUUCUCAGACUACUCCACCCCUAUCGCCAGGUUCCAGGAUGACAUCACAUGGCUCCGGCCACAGGAGAUCUGCCCGUCUCCUGCACUCUUCCCUGACAACACCAAUGACGGCCAUGCAAAGCAAGGCCUCCUGGGAGACUGCUGGUUCCUCUGUGCCUGCACAAUCUUACUGAAGUACCAGCAUUUGAUGAACAAGGUGGUGCCCCCUGCCCAGCCCCAGUGGGGGGAGAGGGGGUACCGGGGCUCCUUCCUCUUCCGUCUCUGGCAGCAUGGCUGCUGGACAGAGGUAACCGUUGACGACCGGCUGCCCUGCCUCAGCGGCAAGCUCUGCUUCUCGCGCUGCCAAUCCCCCACUGCUUUUUGGGUUGCUCUGCUGGAGAAGGCCUACGCCAAGCUGCAGGGGUCAUAUGAGCGCCUAUGGGCGGGGCAGGUCUCUGAGGCCCUGGUAGACCUGACAGGGGGGCUGGCAGAGCGCUGGAGCCUGGGGGAUUGUGGGACAGAGGAGGACCAAGGUCGGGGGUCAUCUGACAGUGACUGGGUCAGGAGGAGGAGGCUGGAUCUGGACCUGCUGCAUGCGGUCAGAGAGGGCUGUUCAGUCAGCUGCUCUGUACACAGCGCCCCCGGAGGUGCCAGUGAGUUGGGGCAGUUCCAUGCCCUGAGUGUGAUGGAGUGGGUGGACGUGAGGACGGUGGAACGGGGAGGAGUACGUCUAAUCAGGAUCAGAAACCCCUGGGGCAGACGCUGCUGGGAGGGAGCAUGGAGAGAGAGUGGAGAAGGCUGGAACUCUCUGGACCCGGCCUGUACUCUGAACUUGCUGGGCCGGGCCCAGGAGGCAGAGUUCUGGGUGGACGAGACUGAAUUCCUGUUGCAGUUUGAUGAUGUCACAGUGGGGUAUCCUAUCAAUGAGGAGGGACACCUACAGAGCAUCUAUUCUGGCAAGCUACUGACUCAUAGCCACCAGACCAGCGAUCGCUGGGUCAAAGGUCACUCAGCAGGUGGUUGCCGUAACAACAGUAGCUUUGGCAGCAACCCUCAGUUCUGGCUGCGGGUGUUUGAGAGGGGAGAGGUGCUGGUGUCUCUGCUACAGCACAGAAGGUAUAGCAGGAACACAGGACACCACUACACACAGUCACCAGAAGAGGGCAGCAGCACCACACAACACCAACACUACCAGGCCAUCGCUUUGCACAUGUGGAAGGUAGAGAAGAAGUGUUUGAACCUGUCUGGGACUCUGAACAGCCCUCCCUGUGCCUCCACACACUGCCACGCCUACGAGCGUGAGGUGGUACUACACACACACCUGGACCCUGGCUGCCACCUGCUCGUCCCCAGUACCUUCCUCCAGGGGGGUGAGGGGAGCUUCCUGCUCAGGGUCUUCUCCUCUUCCCCCACCUCACUCAGUGCUGUGAAGACCCCGGGGCCCUCUUUGCCAUUGGUAACAGAGGGGGAGUGGGAGACAAACUACUUACGGGGCGCAUGGGUCACAGGGUCAUCGGCCGGGGGGAGCAGGAACUUCCUGUCUCACUGGCAGAAUCCAAGGUUCCCGGUCACCAUGGGUGACAACAUAGCGGGGUCAACAGGGGUCAAUGUUAGGGUCACCCUCCACCAGAACUGCCCUGACACUGACCUCCAGGCCAUCGGCUUUCACCUGUACAAGACUCCAGAGGGACAGGAGCAGGCCGAGUCGACAGUACCCAGGGAGGAGGAACCGGUGGCCAGCUGCAUUCCUCACUGCUACACCCAGGCUGUCAGUCUGGCCUGCUGCCUUCCUCCAGGGGCCUAUGUCAUAGUGCCCUCCACCUACCAGCCUGAUUCCCCAGGCCAGUUCACCCUCACUGUGGCUCGCAAAAUACACAGGAGAGUGGUGAAGAGUCAGGAAAGACUGGGGAGAGCCAUUCAAGAGGUCUCUCACAUAUCUGUGAUGCGUAGUUAGCUCUGGGAGCUGUGCUGCCGCUCUGCUGACGUGGGCUCACAUCACUUCGGCCCUUGGCCACACAUGAAAGGAGCGGGUCUCCCCCCCUCCUCCCCAUGCCGAACACUGUGUGUGUUUGUGUGCGCACGCACGGCCUGGGCUCAGGGCCUUUAUCCCCAGCCUGGCGAGGCUCAGGGAGCCGAUCGGCAUCUCUUCUUUCUGUCUCUCUCUCUCCCUUUCUCUCUCUCUCCCGGCUGCGAUUAGCACAUCACAGGUUGUCGUUGGGCCAGGCGCUAAUGGGAGCUGACGGGGCUGGCCGGUGUAAACAAACAGCCGCCAUUGAAGAGGCCGGCUCACUAUGCUCACUCGCUGGCCCGUCGGCCUGGGACAAAGGGCCCACUCAUGGAGCUCCUUGCUGGGGCAGAGAGGGCAGAAGCAAGGGGUCGGACCUCACCACACUGCAGUGCACCCACCCACCCAGCCUCAGACCCAAACCCCAGGGCUGCCUGUGACUGAACUUUGCCUUCAUCCAUGCCCCCAGAGAAGAUAUAAGUUUCCCCUAACCAGUGAUAUUUUGUCAUCCCCUUAAUGUUUGAGUUUAGGAUUAAGGGUGUGGUGAUUAUAAAUAUGUGGCUAAGGACAGCUUUAACAUCAAUCCCUUGUCCUCCGACCACAAACAGAGUAGCCCCCUCACCCCACAACCCCCACACCUGAGACUCUGCUGCAGCCCCCCGUCCCUGUCACCCUCACACCCUUAGAACUGGACCCGGGACUGCUGUUUGAAGUGGCUGCAUGAUGAACAGUACAGGGGGCGAUAUGGGGCGAAGCGGCACUACUUAGGCAACAGAUUCUUUGGAAGAAGGAAGCCGCCAGUGUUUUGGCUCUGCACGCAGUGGCUGAAAAGGCAGGGUGUGUGUGUGUGUUUGUGUGUUGCCGGUGUGGUAACUAACUUGGGUACCACUGCCACUCCAACUGUUGACUGAUUACAAUGGUUUUAUUAUCUGAGAGUAUUACUGUGUUAUUGUGUUUUUGUUGUCAGUGUGUUUGUGUGUUUAAAUAUACAGAAGAUGCAGUUGCUGAUGGGACUAUAAUAAAGUUGUAUCCUGCACACACCACA